AUGUUACAAAAUACCAAUGAUUCAGAGUUCCUUGAUAAGUUGUUGGAGAAUGUUUCAAAGUGUGGUUAUGAAUUUGUAGACUAUUCAUUGCAGUUGUGGGUACCUUACUCAACGAUCAUUAGAGAGUUUUCCGUGUGGUACCACCUGAAGCAGCAUCAUGAUGAUACAAGUAAAACACAGAUAUUCAAACACGAAUCACCUGAAGACAACGUCGUUGAAAUCAAAGAAGCUGUUAAAUGGAGUGACUUUAGAAUGAAUAUGAACUAUGGUCAUGAAGAAUCUAAAGAUGAGCAUCUCUUCCUCUUUGAUAUAAAGCUACCGGACAGAAAGAAGUUGAAACAACAAAAGAAGAACAAGAGAAGUGCUGCUGACUCUAGUUAUCAGAUCAUGGAUGUCUUGGACAAGCUGACAAUGAAAGACUUCAUAAUGAAUGGAACAUGUCCACCAAGUCGUCCGACCACCAAAUUUGACUAUACACUCUCAUUUGAGCAUGCACCGAUCUUUAUUGCCGGUCGUUACAAUAAGUACGCCAGAAAUCUCAGUCAAACACCUUGGACAUUGAAAGGUGCCGCUGCAACACCCGACUCUGAAAUCGAUAGUGUCGAUCUAUUCAUUAGUCAACCAAUUAAAGAUCUAUGUAAAGCAGAUGCUACCAACUUUGUUGCAUCAGGUCGUGAGGAUAUCGACGUAAGAAUGCUUGGAGAAGGUAGACCUUUCUUCUUGGAGAUAACCAAUCCACAUAGAAUAUUUAUGAAAUAUAAUGAUUUCAGAGAGAUUGAGAAUAAGAUCAAUGAAAAUCAAGAUAUUAGAGUAUCAAGAUUACAAGUUAUUACAAAGAAACAAACAUCGAUAUUAAAGGAUGGUGAAACAUCGAAACAAAAGAUCUAUCGAUGUACUGUGUGGACUGCAAAGGAAUUCAACAUCUGGGCAUCGGCAGGAACCUACAUCAAAGAAUUCGUUCACGGUGAUCUCGGUAGAACUACGCCCAACCUAGGAUCUCUACUAAACACUGAAGCCGAUAUACUACAACUAGACGUUUUAGAUAUUGAUUUAGACUUUCCACCUAUUCCAACUAAUAAAUAA